GCUGCCUUUUUGCUUAAGAUGACAUCCCACAAGCACAGCUUUCAGUGUUUUGAUGCCGUUGUGGAAAAGCCAUCUUUAACUGCUGGGCAUAAAUCCACUGCAUCAUCCCACAGCAGCACCUGUACCUCAACACACUUGGAGCAACUGGAGAAUCGUAGAUGUUCCCUGUGUUCAGAAUCCCAGCAAGGCAAGCCGGUGACUUCGGAAGUCUCAGGGAAUCAGCCUGCUUCAUGGUACCAACCCCAAAGCCCAAGCCACCAGCAUACACCCAGAAGGCCCAUGCAACCGGAGGGAGAUCCGGUAUAUGGAGUCGCACAUCAUCAUCGUAACCACCACCACCAGCACCACACGCACAGGCACCGCAAGAGGAUUGUACUUGUGAAGAAUAGUAACCUGUCCAUCCAAAAAACCAUUCUGUUGCACCGCAAACCCGUGCACAGCCUCUGUGUCUUUAUGGAUGAUGUGUCUGAACUCAUGCAGUGUCACAUCAGAAAGCUGUACACUCUGGAUGGUCACAGGGUCGACAGCGUUCAGAGUCUCUUACAGGGUCCCAGUGUCUUGGUUUGUGUGGGCCGUGAACCGUUCCACCCACUUUUGUUGGACAGCUUCCAGAAAAAUUCCGAGGUUAAACUUCCAAAACUGAUCUUGAAGCCACAGUCCAGUACCUGCAACGAGGAUCAAGGGUACAAGAAAAAUGUCAACUUUGGACUGAAAUCCAAGAAGAACAUUCCACCGCGUUCUUUUCCUAAACCCAGAGACAGUAUGAUGGAUGAUGACAUUGAGAAGCGAGUGCUUGUCAAUAAAGAUGGUAGCUUGUCAAUGGAGAUGAAAGUGCGGUUUCGACUGCUAAAUGACGAGACUUUGCACUGCUCUACUGAGAUUAAGAAAUCCUCAUGCACUUUUAAUGUGUCCUUUCCGGGACAAGACAAUGUGGACUAUCCUCACUGUGGCCACAGUGAAAGCUGCUCAGAGGCAGAGUCCCUGUCUGCUAGUGAAGCCGAGGACGUUUACAUUUCCAAACUUUGCCAGAAGCAUUUACAGGAGCCACACUGUCAACACUGCUGCACUUACUGUCAGGAGUAUGACAUUUGGAAAAAUCCAGCCCUUAGUGAGCAGGAAACAUUGAGACACAUUGGAUCCACUAGCUUGAAUGCGUCAUCACAUAAAAUAAAAUGCAAAAAAGAAUCUUUCGAUAGUGUGCACACCAUGUCGUGUGAGGAAUACACUGAGCAGGUAGUUGAAAAGGCAACCUGCAUUCAGCACACUGUGGGGGAGAGGGACAAUGGGGACGACACAGUGCAAUACUGUACCAUUAGUCGCUGCUCUAGUCAGAGUGAAGUGCGUUCAGUUUCUUCAAAGGCAAAGAAAGCAGGAUGUACUGAUGAGAAGGAAAGACCUGUUUCCUCUAAAAAUUUACAGCAAGAUGAGAUGAGUGUACAGAUUACCCAGGUUUCAAUAGAAGAUGAAAGGCCUUUAUCUGUUGAAACCAAUUCCUCAGAUAUCCUAGCAUCCCUUAAAGAGGACGAAGAUAAGGAGGAAAAUGAUCUCUCUCCAAGUAAUUCCAGAGCAUCUCAAAAUAAUAAAGAGAAUGACGAACAAACCCAAAAUGCUGUAGAGAGACCAUGUUCGUUCACACCCUGUAAGCCACCUGAAUCUCGAAAUCACUCACUGUCAACAAGGUCAUCAAGCAUAGGGUCAGGUUGUUCAGUGAAAUCUAAGACGUCCAGAAAGGCUGUAGUCACAAAUACACAAGAAAAUGUGGACCAAGAUGAAAACAAUACACCUUCAUCAACACCUUGUAAAUGGCAAAAUAAACAAUUGACAGAUGUGGCUAUAGAAAACGGAACAUCAGCAGAGAAACUGGAGGCAAUCGAUCAAUCAGAAGAUGUCUUCGAUGAAAAUGAAGUCCUUGAAACUGACAUGAGAGCUCUAAAAUCAGAAUCUGAUCUGUCAAAAACAUGUGAUGGCAUUUCAGAUGAUACUGUAGAUCAAAGAAAUAAAAAGGGAAGAUCAAGUGUCAGGUCAACACCUUCAAAUUCACACACAGACUUAACUACAUCCAAUACGCAUGCUGCAGAUGAACAGGAAUCUGUGAAUGUGAAAGAUGCAUCAGAAGAAGAGAAUAUUGAAGUGACGUCACAUGCCAUGUCUGUGGACUCAGAUACAUCGGAGUCUCCAAUACCAAAAAACAAAACUGAAGAAAGAGGUGAUGACGCUCAAGGAGAGAACGUAGCAGGUGUUAUGACACCUAAAUCAAAUGUUUCUGCAAGAUCAAAUCGGUCCAGAUUGUCAAAGGUGGAAAGUAAAGAAAGAAAGAACGCUAAACUACAAAAAGAAGAAAGAGCUCAAAGUGUACUAUCUGUCCAUUCCAGUGCAUCUACAAUCUCAAAACAGUCAGCGAUUUCAGAACUACUAGCUAAUGGGACUGAGGACCAGACAGAGGAGGUACUGCCUCGUGCAUUGUCUAGUGUAUCAAGAUCAUCACAAAUAUCAGAUCUGGAGACCUCUGAGUUGAGAGAAGUGGAAGACCAGGUAGAAGACAGAUCUCCUAGCAUCAUGUCUGUCAAAUCUAGUAUUUCAGAAGCCAGUCCUGUAAAACUGGUGAAAGUACCGUCAGUUGAAAGUAUAAGUGCUUUGUCAACCAAGACUAACAUAUCAGUCCGAUCAAUGACAUCAAAAAUAUCAGAAGGAACAUCAGACAUUGAUAGCAGACUGUUAAUGGAGCGAGUACCAAGUGCCAUGUCUGUUAAAUCUGAUAUUUCGGUAAGAUCUAAAACGUCAAAUAUUUUGGAUAUCAGCCCCUAUGAUAGUGAGGUAGUAGAAGAUGUAAAAGAGUACCGGGCUCCAAGUGCAAAAUCCAAUAAGUCCAAUACCUCUUCGAGGUCAAAUACACCAAUGUUUUUAACAGCGGCCCCUAAAGCAGCGGAUAUUUUAGAGGAGGAAAGAUUAAAAAGUCCCUCAAGUGUUAAGUCUUCUAAAUCCUCUAUAUCUUUAAGAUCCAAAAAAUCCAAACUGAGAGAUGAAAAAGAUGAUAAUACAGCUGAAAAGACAGAGCAAAUGCAAGACAAAGACAUAACAAGUGUUACACCUUCUAAACCCAGGGAUUCAGAAACAUCUGAGGCUAUGAUGGAAAAGUCCAGUGAUUUUGAAGACAACUUAGAAGAGCGUGCUCCGAGCACAGUGUCCACAAAAUCAAAUACCCCUAGAAAAUCAAAGAUGUCAGAAAUGUUGGAAACGGGUAUGGGGGGGGAAGAGGAAAGGCCUUUAAGUGCAACAUCUUCAAAAUCUAGUGCUUCCAAAAAAUCCAAAAAAUGCAAGAUUUCAGAAGCAGCACAGGAAUGUGACCAUCUAGAAGAGAGACCUUCAAGCAUUGUAUCUAGUACAUCAGUGAAAUCUAAAAAGUCAGCACUUUCUGAUGCCCCAUGUGAAAAUGAGAAAGAAGAAAUAAAACAAACUGGUAGAAGGUCACAAAAUGCAUUGUCAGUAAGAUCUCACAGAUCUAGAAAGUCAACAGCAUCAGAGGUUUCUAGACAAGGAAUUGGUGAUGCAGACAACAGAGAAAGAACACCAAGUGCCAUGUCUUGUAAAUCCAAUCUCUCAGAUAGAUCUAACCUUGCAGCUGAUGGGGUAGAUAAUACAGGAUCAGCAGAAGAUUUACUAACAGAAACUGAAAGUGCAUAUGAAGAAACAAAAGAUGACAGAGCUGCAAGUGCUCUGUCCUCUAAAUCUUUUCUAUCCAACAAGUCCAAAGAUCUAUCCCAGGAGAGAGCCCCAACCUCUAUGUCAGCAAAAUCUAAUAUUUCUACAAAAUCUACACACUCAAAGAAGGAUAAAAGUGCUUCCAUUUUAUCUUCUGCCAACUCAAAUACGUCCGCAGUCGACUCAAUUCCAAAGUCUGAAGCUUUAGCAGUUGUAUCUUCUUUAGAAGGGGAGCAUCAGAGUACAGAGAGAACUCUCAGUGCAAUGUCUGGAAGCUCAAAAACAUCUAAAAAAUCUAAGAAAAACAGAGCUUCUGAUGGUUUUAAAGAACCCAAACAUGCAAAUGAAGAAGAAUUGGUAGAAAGAUCUCCUAGUGCAGUCUCUGCAAAAUCAAACACCUCAGUCAGGUCAAAGGGGUCAGAUACACAAUUAAUGGAGAAAAUAUGUCUUAGCACCAUUUCUCCCAAAUCUAGUGCUUCUGCCAAAAAUGAAAAAUCAAACUGUUCCAUCAUAUCAAAUAAGUCUCCAAAUGUUGAUGCUGGGACCUGGGAUAUAAAGAUAGAGGAAAGGGCACCAAGUGACAUGUCUUCCAAAACCAGUGUAUCAUCUAGAUCUGUCAAAUCUAAUGUUUCUGCUAUGGUUGGUGGACAGACUGACACUGAAAGUUUGAAUGAAAGAUCUGAAAGUGCUGUGCCUGGUUUAAAGAUAUCAAUGACUGAAAUCUCAAAUAAUGCUGACAAUGAAGAGAGGGCUUCCAGUGCUUUGUCUAAAAAAUCGAAUAGCAGUUCAGUUCACCACACAUCUGAAAGAGUUUUAACUCCAGCAAGCGCUUCAGUAUCCAUUGGGAUUGUAGAGGAAUAUGAUGUUGAUAACUCUGAGGAUGACAGUGUGUCUUUAGCCUCAGAAAAUUCUACUUCACAAUUAAACUCAAAAAUGGAUGUGCGUGGCAAAGAAUCAUCAAAAACAACUGAAAGUGAAUAUCAGCAGCGCAUGCAAACUCCAGAUGACAGAGCUAAAAGUUCACUGACAGAAGGGACAACUGUCUCAAACAAAUCCAAAAAAUCUGAAUGUACUCCCAACAACUCUUCCCAGCCAAUAACAGACAAUGAGGUGGCAAACAAUACAUCUGCUAAAAAGAACUCAAAGAAUACUUCCAAUCGCAGUUUGAGCAGCAGGUCUGCUCGUACAGAUACUGGAUCAUCUAAAACUAAAGAUACAAAUCCUCCAGAAGUGACUGACAGAGCAAAUAGUAACAUGUCCGAUACACUCGUGCAUUUGGAAGUAAAUGGACACUAUAGUAAUGCUAAUGCUAAAUGUAAAAGUGUCUGUGAACGGUCAAAAAGCAAUCUGUCAAGUGACAGACACUCUAAAAAAGAGGUAGGGAUCUCCAGGCCGCAUUCAGCAGACGUGCCUAUUAGCGCAGUUUUGAGACAGAAAUCCAAAGAACCUGAUUUUUCCCUUGGAGUCUCUAAUCAUAGAUCAUCUUCCUCAAAUGAAAAUGGCAAUAAAUCGAAUACAAACAGAGAUUUAAAUAUAUGUAGUAGAACCUGUAAUGGGUCCCUUGUUACUACAGAUUGUAGUAGAAACAUCAAUGAUAACAAGUGUGACAAAAACAGUACCUCGAGUUGCAGACACAGCAGCAGCUCUUUGGCACAGGAGGGAGAUAAUAAUAAUGCCUCUGAGUUAGUCCCAUCUAUCCUACCAAGCUCUUCUCCUACUGAAGUAGUGAGUGAAUGGUUAAAGAAAAUUCCACUAGAAAGUGCUUUAUAUGAUGAUGGGGAUGAAUUCCACAAAAACUAUGAAGAAGAAGAACUAUUGAAGAUGUCAGGAAAAGUGACGACAUGUGAAAGAGUGAAUGGAAGUGAGGGAGAAGCUGAUGCAGCUGUGAUCAAGCCAGAAAAUGAGCAACUGCGAGUUGAAGAAAUUGAGAAUAAUGAAAGCAAAGAAGGUGAUAUGAAGGAAACUACCACAGACCUUGCAAAUGCAGAAAACAUUCAACCCUACACUUGUCCUGAUAUCCCUUCUUCCGUCCAGCUUAUGCGAAUUUUACUUAGUCCCAAACUUGAAAGAUGUAACAGUUUACCAGAGGUAUCUCCUGUUUAUGGAAGAAAACUUAGCAUGUCAGCAAGAGGAUUUUUAGACAGUCUGGUAAACCUUCAGUUGUUGGAUUUUGAUCCCAAUGAUGUAAAUGGCAAGGCUGAGAAGUACAACGAUCUCAUGAACAUGCUUCAAUCCCUUUGGCUUUGUGACACUCUUGACAGCGUGACCAUCCCACAGAAAAACAAAUUUAACAAUCAACUGUCUAAUGAUGAAGAAUUCAAUGUCAAGUCAUCCUCAGGGGUUGAUAUUAACAGCAGCUCCCAAGGCUCUGGAAAGAGCAGUGUCAUUGAGAGCACAAAUCUAGAAAGACAAGGCAUUGAGAUACUGACAAAUGUACAAGAAAUUGAUACAACAGAGAAGGCAAUAGAAACAAACUCUGACUCAGCUACCCCUGAUAUUGCAAGUCGGGUCCGGUGGACACCAGAGAACGACGUAGAAGAAAAUAUGCAAGAGAGCAACAUUCUUUCAGCUGUCCAAGAUUUUACAAUAAAACAUGAUUAUAGUCAAAGAGAACCAUCUGAGACAGCAUCCAUAUCAAACAAGAGCUCUGGAAAUGACAGUAAUGUUAAUCAAAAGCUAACUGACCAUGAGGAAGACACAUGUUUAGAAUCCCCAUCAUCAGAGCAAAUGGCUCAGUUAACAGAAAAGGUUUCUCAAGAUCCUGAUCCUGUCUGGGUUCUGAAUCUGUUAAACAACAUAGAAAAGCAGUUUAUGACACACUAUGUCAAUGCAAUGACAGAAUUUAAGGUACGCUGGAAUUCAAAUAACAACGAUCAGCUUGAUGUCAUGAUAUGUGAAUUAAGGGAUGAAGUUCAUAAAAGAAUACAAGCCAGCAUAAAUAAUGAGCUCAGAAAAAUCCAAGGUCAUGUAGGAAGACCCAGGCCACCAAAAGAAAGCAUGUCACGUGAAUCAAGUAUUUUAAGGCGCAGGCGUCUAAAUCUCAACCAGUCCAUAGAUCCAGCAGCAAACACUGACAACACAGAAAUACUGAUGAAUGAAUUUAGUGAUCAACAAAAUGAUGAUGAAUACUGCCCAUGUGACACUUGCAUGAAAAAGAAAAUGAUAUCAAGACCUGUAUUUGCAACAGAGGUCCCCAAUUCUGCUCCACUGAUGACAGACAUUGAGUUGAGAAAAAUCCUUCAUUUAAAAAGAAAUAGCACAGAAAGUAAGGGAAUUGAAAAUAAGGAACAACACAUAGAGGAUGGAAAUGUGUCUGAAGAUGUUUUGCUUCAGAAUGUCAUGAAGGAGAACAUGCAGGCCAAGUCUAUAGAAGAAAAACAAAAUGAAUCUGAUACAUCAAAUGACAAAGGUUUGGAAAAUGAAUAUCCACAGGCUGUUGUGGGAAGCAAGCCUCAGGAGAUAGGGAAGGGAGGUUCUUCUAGUUCUCUCGAGGAGGACGAUUCUGAUGCACAACCAAAUGAAUCGGAACAACCGCAGGGCAAUAAUACCUCUAGGGCUCUUGAGCAAGAAAGUCCUGUAGCUGGUGGUAAGUGUUUGAAGACAGCCAGUGCAGAUUCAACUGCAGAAGAAGAAAAUGCUCAAAGUGGACCAGAAAUACCUGAUGAUGCGAUGCACGAGGAUGUGAAAACUGAAACUACAUGGACGAACAUGCCAGAGGAAUCUGAUAUAGCAGAAGCAAAGAAAAGUGAAAGCACAGAUAAUGAAGGAAGAGAUGCUACCGAGUCAGCUGAGGAAGACAUGAAGAAAAUAAGCAAAGAGAGUGGAGAAUAUGACUUUCUUGAUGAGGGAAAGAUCUGUGAACCUGCUGAAGAUGGAGAUGUAACUGAGCAUGAUUCUGCUGACGGGGCUAAUCCAAUGAAUGAUGAAGCAGAAAAAGAAGAAGAAAGAGAUAAUGAUGAAUUACAUGCUAAAGGAAAGACAACCAAAGCUGAAACAACAGCAUAUGAAGAACCAGCUGGUAGUGAACCAAGUGAAUAUAGAGACAAAUUUUAUGAUGAUACAUCAGAUAGAAGAGAGAUGAUAAAAGUCAAGACUGUGGAAGGUGGAGAAACAAAUAACAAUGUAACAGCUGAAGAUGAAGAGACUGCUGGAGUCAAAGUGGCAGACAUUGGAGAGACGAGUGAAGCUGAAGCUAUAGAAGAUGAUUGUGAAAGUACAGAAGAUGCAGAAACAAACCAGGCUCAAAUAGCAGAGGAUACACCAGAUGAAGAAACAGCAGAAUAUGGAGAAACACCUAAAGCUGAAAUUGCUGUGGAUGGAGAGAUAUCUGAUGAUGGAAUUGUUGAUGAAGUAGGAGCCGAUGAUGCAGGUAAAUUUGAAAUAGUAGAAGAUAGAGAUGUUGAUGAAAUAUCAGAAAUUGAAGAAACACCUUGUAAUGAAACAGUAGAUAGUGGAACUAAAGCCAUGACCACAGAAUAUGAAGAAACACAUGAUGAUGGAACAUCAGACAAUGGAGAGGCUUCUGGAGCUGUGGUGGCAGAAAAUGAAGAGACAGCUGAAGCAGCAGAAGAAAAUGAAAAUGAUGAUGAUAAUGAUGAUGAUGAUGAUGGUGAUGAUGAAAGAGCAGAAGAGCCAGAGAAGCCAGAAGAAAUAGCUGCUAAUGAAGACAGUGAUGCACAUCAAACUAAAAAUUUUAAUCAGUUUGUUGGGGAUGAAACUGCAGAAGAUACAGAAAUGGAUACAACUCAAAGUGAAAAUGAUGGUGAAACAGCAGAUGAUGAAGCAGUCAGUGGAGAGAUAGCUGAUGAUGGAACAGCAGAAGAUGAAGAGGCACCAAAUGGCAAUACAGCUGAUGAUGGAACCAGAGAAGAUGGAGAAACACCAAAUGACAAAACAGCUGAUGAUGGAACCAGAGAAGAUGGAGAAACACCAAAUGACAAUGCAGAUGAUGAUGGAACCAGAGAAGAUGGAGAAACACCAAAUGACAAUGCAGCUGGUGAUGGAACAGCAGAAGACAGAGAGACACCAAAUGACAACAAAUCUGAUGACGAAACAACAGAAAAUGAAGAGACACCAAAUGACAACACAGAUGAUGAUGGAACAACAGAAGAUGGAGAAACACAAAAUGACAAUGCAGCUGGUGACGGAACAGCGGAAGACAGAGAGACACCAAAUGACAACAAAUCUGAUGACGAAACAACAGAAAAUGAAGAGGCACCAAAUGACAACACAGUUGUUGAUGGAACAGCAGAAGAUGAAGAGACACCAAAUGACAACACAGAUGAUGAUGGAACAACAGGAGAUGGAGAAACACCAAAUGACAAUGCAGCUGAUAGUGGAACAGCAGAAGAUGAAGAGACAUCAAAUGACAACACAGAUGAUGAUGGAACAACAGAAGAUGGAGAAACACAAAAUGACAAUGCAGCUGAUAGUGGAACAGCAGAAGACAGAGAAACACCAAAUGACAACAGAGCUGAUGAUGAAACAACUGAAGGUGAAGAGAAACCAAAUGACAAUGCAGUUGAUGAUGGAAGAGCAGAAGAUGGAGAGACACCAAAUGACAACACAGCAAUUGUUGGAGCAACAGAAGAGUCUGACAUGGAAGAGGUUGAUGAGACAACAGGAGCUGAAACAGCAGAGGAUGGAGAACAAGAAGAUAAUAGAAGAGGAAAUGGGCAGAUAGGUGAUGAUGAAAUAAUUGAUGAUGAAGCAACCACUGGAACUGAAAAUGAAGAGAAUGAAGAGACAGCUGAGGCUAAAACAAGAGAAGAUGGAGAAAUCGCUGAUAAUGGGACAACAGAAGACAAAGAUACAGCUGAUGAGAGAGAAACAGAUGAUGAAGAGCUUUCGGAACAUGAAAUAGCACAGAAUGGGAAAAUUGCUAAAGAAACAAUAGAAGAUUGGGACCAAUCAGAUGACAGUGAAAGUUUAGAAUAUGGAGAAACAGCUGGAAAAGUAAAUGGAGAAACACAUGACAUGAACAUCAAUACACACAAUAAGAAAACAAAAGCAAACUCAGAGAUGUUGAGUAUAAAUGUAAACACUCCUUCGGUAAACACCGGAGAGUCUGAUGAAGGAGGAGAUGAGGCUGAGGAUGAGACUGAACCUAUUGUUGAAACAGAUGGAAUAGCUUAUGGGAUGAAAAUUCCAGCUACGCAGCCUACAAAAUGGUCACCGCAUACAGCUGACAUAAAGAUGAAUUCCACUGUGAAAGUGUACCCAAGUUCUGAGGACGGAGCAGAGGCUGAUGGUGAAGAUUCAGAUACUGAAGUACAUAACUUAGAUGGCUGUGUGGAAAAUGAGGAAGAAGAUUAAGAUUCUGUCACUGGAUAACAAUAAACAGGAAGUGAAUGGGAAAUAAUUAACACAUUUGUGUGAAAGAGGAAGUUGUAAUGUAGAUCAGGAGAGCUAGAAAGGUGAAAGACAGAUUACUUGAUUAACAAGUUUCAUUGUUCAUUUCUCUGGCAGUUUUAAUGGAGUAGGUUCUUUCUGAUUAAAUGAGAAGCCGGAAAAAAUGUUGGUGGAAAAGCUGGAUAUAUCCCACUGCAAAGCUCAGAUAAAGAGAACCAAUACGCACAAAAGGUGAAAGUAUCUGUGGAGAUAUUGAACAAUAUUGAGGGAAAAAAAAAGUUAUUCUAUAUCAUGCACUUUAUUGUCUAUUAUUUGCACAGUGUAUUUGAUGUCACUUUAAAAGGGAACUGAAAUACAGAUAAAUGAACGGGAACAUUACAAGAUACCAUGCAUAUGAAAUUUUAGAAUUGAGUUGCAUUAACUUCUUCUUUACAUUUAUAAUAUUUUGCAAUAGGAAAUACAUAACAAUCCCUAUGGGGAAAUAAUUAACUAUGCACUCUAUACUUUGUGUCAUAUGUGUGAAUGUUAGAGGGUGAACACAGCAUAGCAUAGUGUGAAUUUCAACAAAUAUUUACACUAUAUAUCUACGGUUACUGUCCACUUUCUUAUAUGAUACAGAUUUCUAAUCAGUCAAUCAUGUGGCAGCUGCACAAUGCAAAAAGAAGUAAAUAAGUAAAAAUAUAGAAACAGGUCAAGAGUUUCAGUUACAUCAAAAAGUAGAAUGAAGAACAAGUGUGAUCUCUGUGAUUUUAACUGUGAUGUGGAUGUUAGUGCUAGAUGGGUUGGUUUGAGGUUGCUGAUCUUCUGGGAAGUGAUUUUUGGGGUGAAGAGUGGAACCUGAUGUAGUCUUCUGUUAAACUUUCCACCUCAAGGUUGGAAGUUUUGUGCAUGCUGAUGUGCUUUACUGUUCACCACUGAUGUAAAGAGUAAAUUUUUUGUGUAACUGCAUCCUUCCUGGUGGUUCGAACCAAUGUGGUCAUUGUCCUCUGUCGUUUCUUAUCAUUAUGGUGUUUCCACUCACAGAUCUGUCGCUCACUCAGUGUUUUUUGCACCAUUCUGUCUACAGUUUAGAGAUUGUUGUGUGUAAAAAAAAAUCCCUGUAGAUCAGCAGGUUCUGAAAUACUCAAAUUAACCCUAAUCUGGCAUCAACAACUAUGCCAGCAACCAUCAAAGUUACAGAGAUAGCACUUUUUCCCAUGCUGAUUUUUGAUGUGGAAAUUAACUGAAGCACUUGACCUGUAUCUGCUUGAAUUUGUGCAAUGUUCUUAUGCUACAUGAUUGUCUGUUUGGAUAACUGCAUAACUGAGCAGAUAUACUAUUAAAGUGGACAGUAUAUGCAUGAUAAAUUGUGAAAUUAUAUGCAGUGUACACUGGUGAAAAUAUCUGCUUUAGAUGUAACAUUAUCAAAGAGAAUUGAAA